AUGAAUCUGCUUAGCCAAAUUUUCCUUCUAUCAGCUGCUCUGCUUGCUGUGCCUUUCGCAAGAGCAAUUGGGCAUGAUGCUGAGAUCUCGUACUUCAGCGAGAACACCCCAGGCCGUCUGUUCAGCGUUGGGAAAAAAAGAUAUAUUGCAUUUACAGCAUCAAAAGACGCGAUGCAUGUGGAGAUAGACGAUGACAGAGAGGCAGCUGCACAGCUAUACAUUCGAAUUAUACGAGAUGGCCCAUCAACAUACGGUAUUAUAAUGUCUGCAGAGGACCAUGAUGUAGAUGAAUGCGACGAAAAGCAUAAAGAAUUUGGAUCUGGAAAGGGCAAGCAGUAUCUAGGAUGUCCUACAAUGGUGGUAGAUUCCGAAGCCAAAGGGAAGAUCAUGCUAAAGAGAUUUUCGAUUGGCCCAGAAUUCAAGUUCUUUUUUUCUCCUGUCGUCCUGCCAGGAUUCCAUGCGUUUAGAGUCUACCACAAGAAAAAGUGCCUUGCAAUUAGCGAGGAUGGGGAUGCUACAACUGAAGAGUGUGAGUAUAAUGAUAUAAAUAAGAAGUCAACGCAGCUGUUUGUCUGGGUGGACAAUGCCCUUUUCAUAAAGAAUUACAACCCAAUGCAAACAAUUAACCAGGAUCUGAACCCUGCAAGCCCAUACUAUUCCGCAGAUAACAAAAAUCCCCUUACAUUUUGGAAAUAG